AUGAUCUGUCAAUUUGGUCUGGCGUCAAUGCUGUUCCACAAGUCGUUCUUGCAGCAGUCUCUGCCUACGAAUCAUUUGCUGUUUGCUACUCCGGUAUUCAACACGCGUAAUGAAGCGCAAGUUGAGUGGCUGCGGCGUCGUGUAGUUUGUCGAAACUUUCAAGAGCACGAUCCUAUCAGUCCUUCGGGCAUUCCGCCACACGUGGGGAUAAUGGUGGCGCUUACAGACUACAAGGAGCAAAUUGAUGGGAUUAAAGAAGGUCUGGCUCUUUACACAUGGGGUGGAGGCUUUCAUCGAGUGCCAAGAGAGUUUGUGCUACCCCCAGGAACCGUUCGCGUUGUGUGGCAGCAAUGGUGUGCUGGGCAACCGCCACUAAGGCAGCUAUCAAAGCACGAUAUGGCUUCAAGACUACAAAAGAUCCGGCUUGCAGAGCUUCAGCGGCUGAUGCGCUUGAAUCGUUUACCGUUCUCAUCGACGUCGAGUAAAGGAAGAGCGUGUAGACUUGACCAACUAUCGUGGAGAACACUCGCCCGUGAGCAUGCAAGGCACAGCUCCAGCUAG